ACCAGAAACCGUGGGCCGCUCUCUCUCUCUCUCUCUCUGUCUCUGUCUGUGUGGUGUGUGCUAGAUGCGUUCGUGAACCGCGUUCGCACAGCCCCAGCGCUAACAGCGCUGACAUUCCCGUCGUGUUAUCCCGUCCCAUCCCUGCACGAAAACAAACACUCCGGAGUUCCGCGAGAGUGGAAACAGGAAGCUGCUCCGAAGCCAGUGGCCAGUGGCCAGGACCAGGACCAGGACCAGGAACCCACCCCCUUACCACUGUGUGUGUGUGGGGUGCCACAGGGUGCCGGAUCGUCGUUACGCAACGUUCGCAACGUACUAUCGGAGGCUAAAGAGGAGGCUGUGCGCACCCUGGGGGCGCGGGAAGGGGGAGAGGGAGGAGGACAAAGGAAGAGUACGGACGCCUCGCGCUGUCACACGUGACGUCACGACGUGUUUUUGUGUGUAGUGUGUGGUUGUGUUUGUUGCGCCUCGUCCUCCAAAAGUCCGGCAGGCGGUGGAGUGGUGUGUGGCCGAUGUGUGGUGCACGUGCGUUCACCACCGGUCAGUGUUUCAUUUUUUUCUAGUGGUGGUGGUCCAUCUCACACACAGUGUCGCAGCACCAACGGAGCACCCGAUCAAAAAGCGCAACUAUCAACGCCGGAAUCCAACGCCAAAACCAACGGUACACCGGCCCGUCAGCCAGUCUGCUCGCAUGCGACACUAGCAUGGCAGCAUGUUCGCCGAAAGGAGCACCCUCUGCCGUUUAUAUAAUACCUUAAUUUUCAUGCAGCUGCUCUACGUCACACGGGCGUUCGGUGUCAUCUUCGAGGAGUACGUGGUGGACCAGGGCCGCAACCUGACCCUGCGCUGCGACUCGCGCCAUCCAGUGCGAUGGGUGCGCGAGGGUCGCCGGGAGGACGUCCGUCAGUUCCAGACGGAUGGUUCGCUGGUGCUGACGAACCUGACUGCCCAGGACAGCGGCCGGUACACGUGUUCGGCGGCCGUACCCACACUCACAACGGUGACCGUCCUGGAGGAAACCGUACCGUCCGGGGACGAUGGCGAUGGUGACGGACCGGUCACUAACGGUACGGUCGGUGCCGGUGUUGCCGCCACCGCGCUCCUCGAUUCCGUUGCGUCGCCCGAGAACGCAACGUCCGAAUCGAUGGCCACCGAUGGCGCCGGCGAGGAGGAGGAGGAGGAGGUGGAGGUGGAGGAGGAAGAGCAACGGGGGGAAGGGCGUGCGCAGCCGGAAAGCUUCGUGGAGCUGCUGAAGGUGAAUGUGAAGGUGCGGACGCCACCGCUGGCCGUCUCGAACUUUUACGUCCGCGCCUCCACCAUCAUCGCGGUGCUGGUGUGGGAGGUGAUGCCGAACCGGACCGGCGGGUACGCGAUCCGGGACUUUACCGCCGAGAUGCGCCGUAUGCGCGACCCUAGCGGCAGUGACACCACAGUAGCAACAGACGCACCGGAGCUGCCUUGGGAGACAAUCGAUCCGCGGCACAUCAGCCCGAAUGCGCGGCAGCUCGAGAUCUAUCACCUCAUCCCCAACACAACGUACGAGUUCCGCAUCUGGGGCAACAAUCAGCUCGGUGCCGGCGAGAUCGUCACCAUCCUGGCCACUACGCAGCCCCGCAUGGAGGAGAAAGAUCUGGUGCGGCGCAUCAUGGUCGACGCGAAGAACUUCGAUACGCGCGUCUGGAUCGCGGCGGUCGGCAUCGUCAUGGGUACGCUCGUGAUCCUGUCGCUCGGGACCUGCAUCGUGCUGUACAAGGAGUGCCGCGAACCAGCCGUGAACGACAAGGACGAAGAGCUGGACAGCCUGGAGCUCGUGCCGAACAUCAUCCUGAAUCCGGGCUUCUGCGACUCGGACGACCAGGGCCAGCAUCCCCUGUCGCCGCCGGUCCCGCGCACCCUCCCGUACGGGCACCGGUACGGGCAACCGGGCUACAUCGCCGGCGGACCGCACGCCCACCGGCUCGGUGCCGGUGGUCUCCUACCGAACGGGGCCGGCUACGGUGGUGGAAUGGCCGGUAUCCUUGCGGGCGCCACCGCCACCACCACCACCACCACCAACACCAACAACACUACCAACGCGACAACAAACGCCACUGGUGCUACUCGCCACGCUGGAACCGCUGGCGGAGGGGGGGCCGACGAUGAGGACGAUGAUGACGAGGACGAGGACGAGGAACCGAUGACGUUCAGCCGCCGCAUGUCGAUCUUCUUCACCGGCAACACGAUCAAGCGGAUUUGAGUGUGCAGAGUGCAUCCGGUGGCCCACCCGCGGUGGGAGAACCGGGGCCACACCACCACGCCACCCUGCUGCUGCCGCCCCCUAUCACAGCGAACGAGCAGCGAGCAGCGACAACCGCGCAGAGGCAGCGGGCUGCGUGGAACGAGUCGAAACGAAAACUGCUGCUUGACGCCUCUUCGAUUCCGUCGGUUUGACUGCCCGCCGGAUUCGGAUUCUUCGGUUCCUUUUUGCUACUACUGAUACU